AUGGCCGAUGUCGGUGAAGAAUCCCACCAUGUGUCGGAGCCCCUUGACCUCGUCAGGCUCCUGCUCAACGAGGUCGUCUUUGUGAAGCUUCGAGGAGACCGAGAACUCAAGGGAAAGCUGCAUGCUUACGAUAGUCACUGCAACCUGGUGCUGGGAGAGGUUGAGGAGACAAUCUACACAGUCGACGAGGAUGAUGAGGACGACGAGGUCAAGACCAUUAGCCGGAAAUCUGAAAUGCUCUUUGUGAGAGGUGAUAGUGUGGUCCUCAUUUCACCAGGAGUUCCUUUCUAG